AUGUAUUUCAUACCUGAGCCCAGCAUUAGGGAGACGACUUCUCGUCCGUACGUCAUCCAGAUGAGGCAUGCUGGAAGCAUGCAGCCCUUAUAUAGGAGAGAUGCUGGAGUCUGGCACCAAACAAGAAGUCUUCUCUACAAGAACCUACUCAUCAAAUGGAGGACAAAGCAACAAAGUCUGCAGGAGUUGAUCCUACCUCUGCUUCUGUUGGGCCUCCUGAUCCUCAUCAGCACGCUGAAUCCUCACGUUUAUUAUGGAGGCAUCAGCACCACGGAGCUGGAACGUGAUGACACCCCCUUCCUGAAGGGCCUGGGCUACACGCCCAUCACUAACAUUACCAACCACAUUAUGGAAGAGGUGGCCCAGGAGAUGCACAUGCAGGAUCGUCUGGAGAUGUUUUCCAGUGAGGAGGACCUAGAGAACGCCAGCCUGUAUGAGCCCUCAGGCUAUGUGGGAGUGGUAUUCAUGGACAGCUCUGCCACUUCCUACAGACUACGCUUCCCAUACAACCAGCUGCCCUUACCCAGUGAUUACACAGAAUCUAUUGCCAACUGUUUUGCCAGCUCAGUGAACUGCAGAGCGGCCAAUUACUGGUACUCCGGCUUCAUCCGCCUCCAGUCUCUUAUCGAUGCAGCCAUCAUCCAGAUGCAGACAAAGCGUGCGGUGUGGAGUGAAAUGAACCUAAAGGUGGUGAUGAUGGGCCAGCCAGGUUCUGUGGAGGUGCAGAAAUUCCCUCAUGCCCUCAUCUCUAUCUACCUGGUCUUGGCUUUCACACCCUUUGUCACCUUCCUCAUUGUCAACGUGGCAGCCGAGAAGGAGCACCGCCUCAAAGACACCAUGAGCAUGAUGGGGCUUUAUGACACUGCUUUCUGGUUGUCAUGGGGCCUCCUGUACGCUGCUCUGGUGACCACUAUGUCCAUCCUGAUGUCCAUCAUUGCCACGUAUACUGCCCUCUUCCCCAACAGUGACUUCUUUGUCAUCUUCUUCCUCAUCUUUCUCUAUGGAAUCUCCUCUAUCUUCUUCUCCUUCAUGCUGACUCCAUUGUUUAAGAAGCCUAAGUUUGCCAGCACAGUGGGCUCCAUGCUGACAGUGGUGUUUGGCUGCCUGUCGCUGUUCACUGUGCUGAUGAAAGACUUCCCACAGCCUCUGGUUUGGCUGCUCUGCCUGCUCUCCCCUAGUGCCUUCUCCAUUGGCAUCGCACAGGUGGUGUACCUGGAGGCCCAGGGAGAUGGUGCUGUGUUUUCCACUCUGGCCAAUGGCCCUCACCCUCUCUACGUCCCCCUGCUCAUGCUUGUACUGGACUGUGUCCUCUACCUGCUGCUGGCUGUCUACCUAGACCAGGUCCUUCCAGGUGAAUUUGGUAUGAGGCGGUCCCUGGUGUACUUCCUGAAGCCGUCUUAUUGGUCCAAGCGCAGAAAGCGCUACGUGGAAGUGAGCUCGGUAUACGAGACAGAAGUGAAUGGCACUCCUGGUGGGGACGAGUCCGUCGAACCUGUCUCACCAGAGUUCAGAGGGAAAGAGGCAAUCCGCAUCAAUAACAUCCGCAAGGUAUACAAGGAGAGGGACAACGUGGUGGAGGCUCUGAGAGGCUUGACCUUUGACAUCUACGAGGGCCAGAUCACAGCUCUGUUGGGCCACAGCGGGGCUGGCAAAUCAACUCUAAUGAACAUCCUGUGUGGCAUCUGCCCACCCACUGAUGGGUCAGCCACCAUCUAUGGCUCCCCUGUGGCGGAGAUCGCUGAUGGGGCAGAGAUGAAGCAGCUGGUGGGCAUUUGCCCCCAGUUCAACAUCAUCUUUGAUGUGCUCACCGUAGAGGAGCACCUGAGGAUAUUUGCUGCUAUCAAAGGCAUACUGCCUGCAGACAUUGAUGCUGAGGUUACCAAAGUGCUGAAGGAUCUGGACUUGGAGAAGAUCAUGACCGCUCAGGCCAAGAAUUUGAGUGGAGGCCAGAAGAGGAAGCUUUCUGUGGGCAUUGCCAUUCUCGGAGAUCCCAAGAUCCUACUGCUAGACGAGCCCACUGCAGGGAUGGACCCUUGCUCCAGACACCAGGUCUGGUCGCUGUUGAAGAGCCGCAGAGCCGGCAGAGUCACGGUCCUCAGCACUCACUACAUGGAUGAGGCUGACAUACUGGCUGAUCGCAAAGCUGUGAUCUCUCAAGGCCAACUGAAGUGUGUCGGCUCCUCACUGUAUCUAAAGAUCAAGUGUGGUGUGGGAUACCAUCUCAGAAUGUCUGUUAGCGAGGGAUGCGAGGCAGAUAAGAUCACAUCAUUGGUCAAGCAGCAUGUUCCAAAGGCAAAGUUGUCACGGCAACAAGAGGCGGAGCUGACAUUUACUCUGCCUUUUGAAAGCAUGGACACCUUUCCAGGCUUGUUCUCAGAGCUUGACUGUCGACCUGAUCUGGGAAUUAUCAACUAUGGGGUCUCCAUGACAACACUGGAAGAUGUUUUCCUCCGUUUAGAGGCAGAAGCCGAAGUGGACCAAGCUGACUAUAGUGUUUUUAAUCAGGAGCAGGUGGAGGAUGAGUACGAUGCGUCCCCCUCAGAAGAUACUGACCAGCGGCUGCUGACUUUCUCAGACAGCAAGCCAGAUGCCGUGGUAGGCCAUGCUUUGUGGAGGCAGCAGUUCAGCACCAUAGCCUGGCUCCACAUGCUCAACAUGCGCAGAGAGAGGAAGGCCUUUGUCUACACUCUGGCCUUGUUCCUGGUGUUUGUGGCAGCAGUGCUGGUCCUGUCCCUGGCCACAGGAAACAUCCAGAUCCACUCCCCUGACAGACAGUUCCUGCCCAUCUACCUGCUUAAAAGGAACCAGGCACCCAGGAAGUACGCAACCAGCCUCCUGGUGCAGAACUCCUCUGGCUCUGAUAUCUCUGACUUUAUCCACAACCUGGAGUCUCAGGACAUCAAGGUGGAGAUGAUGAAGCAGAUGGACUACAUGGCGGCAGCACCACACAGCGCCGCCAUCAACGUAACAGGAUCCAGCAAGGGUUUCAGAUACAGUGUUGCAUUCAACAGCACCACGGUCCACUCCUUACCCAUGGCUGUCAACAUACUCAGCAACGCUCUUUUAAGAGGCCUGAACGGUACCGGACAAAUCCGAACCUGGACCAAACCUUUCGACUAUCAAAUCCCAGAUGCUACAUCUUACGCCCUGGUGUACAUAGAGGCCAUCAUACUUGGCAUGCUUGCAGCUGGGAUGCCUGCUUAUUUUGCAAUGGACCACACUCGAGACAGAGAGAUCAAUUGCCGUUCCACACUCCGUAUUUCAGGCAUGGUACCUUCGGCCUACUGGUGUGGCCAGGCAGCAGUGGACAUCCCCUUCUACUACCUCAUCCUCUCCUGCAUGACCACCAUCCUUUUCUCCUUCCACACUGGCAACCUGCUCACCUCCAGCAACCUCACCGCUGUGGUGUUGUGCAUCGUUGGCUUCGGCCCAGCCAUGAUCCUCUUCACCUAUGUGGUUUCCUUUGGCUUUGCCCGCGUCCAGAGCAACAGGGAUUUCUUCUCUGUGGUCUCCAUGAUGGUUUGUGUGGUGUCUGCCUCUCUGGUUCAGCUGUCUUUUGUGAAUGAUAAUCCUGGUUUGACCAGGAACCUGCACAAUGCCUUGUGUUUCUUCAACCCUCUCUACCCUCUCAUGGGCUGCCUCAACUGCAUCACUAAGGCUACCUUCCUCCCUUCCCUCUAUGAGGAGAACUUCUUGUGGAAGAAUCUGCUCAUUGCAGUUGUAGCUCCCUAUCUCCAGUGCAUCCUGCUGCUUUUCCUGCUUCGCUGGCUAGAGAUCCACUACGGAGGGAGGACAAUGAAGACUGACCAGUUCUGCAGGAUCUCAUCCAAGGCCAAGCCCAAAGUGGAGAGGAACAUGGAGGAAGGGCUGAAUGAGGAUGAGGAUGUGCAGAUGGAGAAAGCCAGGGUGAGGGAGGCGCUCAACUGCCAGAGCUGUGAAGAGAAACCAGUGGUGGUUGUCAGUAACCUGAAGAAACAGUACAAGGGCAGAAGAGAAGGUUUUUCUCUCAGCAAGAGAAGGAAAGUGGCCACUAAGAACAUAUCUUUCUGUGUUCGGAAAGGUGAGGUUCUGGGCCUGCUGGGUCCCAAUGGAGCAGGGAAGAGCACCAUCAUGCAUAUGCUAUCUGGUGAUACAGACCCCACCGCUGGCCAGAUAAUGAUGGGUGACUAUAGCACAGAGUUUCAUCCAGUGGACAGCCCCCUAGAGCAUGUGGGCUACUGUCCGCAGGUCAACCCGCUGUGGCCCAGGAUCACUCUACAGGAGCACCUGGAGAUCUACGCUGCCAUUAAGGGCCUGCGAGGACAGGAUGUACCAGGCAUCAUCAAACGUGUGGUGAAUGCUCUUGAGCUGAAGGACCACCUGAACAAGCAAGCCAAGAGCCUGUCAGCAGGACUUAAGAGGAAGUUGUGCUUUGCCUUGAGUAUGAUUGGGAAUCCUCAGAUUGUCUUAUUGGAUGAGCCCUCAACAGGGAUGGAUCCCAAGUCCAAACAGCGCAUGUGGAGGGCCAUUCGUGCUGCUUUCAAGAAUCGGCAGCGGGGAGCUGUCCUGACCACACACUAUAUGGAAGAGGCUGAGGCCGUGUGUGACCGAGUGGCUAUAAUGGUUUCUGGCCAGCUGAGAUGUAUUGGCUCUAUCCAGCAUCUAAAAGGGAAGUACGGUCGAGGCUACAGCCUGGAGGUGAAGCUCAGAGAGGAGCUGACUGGGCUCCAGCAGGUGGCGCUGCUGCACAAGGAGAUCCUCCGAAUCUUCCCCCAUGCUGCUCGACAGGAGAGCUUUGCCACUUUGAUGGUUUACAAGAUCCCCAUGGAAGAUGUCAAAUCACUGGCCAAGUCAUUCUCUCAGUUAGAGAGUGCUAAACAAACCUUCAACUUUGAAGAGUACAACUUCUCCCAGUCUACCUUAGAACAGGUGUUCAUGGAGUUUGCCAAGGAGCAGGAGAACGAGGAGGACGAAGUGGGCUCUCUCAGCACAACGUUCCAGUGGCAGCGGUUGCGCCAGGACGGCUCCGUUUCAGUGAACCACACAGACAGCAUCGUUCACCAGCUUUGAACUCCACCUGAGAGGGGUGGGGGCGGCGCUGCUCAACACUGACCUGCUAGGGCUCAGCUGCCUGUGGGCACACGCCAGCACUCGCCCCCUCCACACUCCGCCCACCAUCCCCAAACAAUCGGGACAGACCUCUACUAUGGGCAGGACCCUAGACGAUGGGGGCUUGCAUAAACUGGGACUGUCUGUGUGUGUUGGGGCUGGGGGUGUUCAAGGCCCUCUUUCUGCGGAGCUGAGGUGUGCAUGUCUGUUACCCUCAUCCACUGGUGCUUUGUAUUUUCUGACUCGCACUGACCGAGGGGCCUGCAGUCUUUCUCAAAGACACACUGACCUGACACCAACUCCUCUUUCUAAUGUUGUGUUUUUUUAAUCUUCACGGGGAGUCGGUAAAUGGAAACUAUAUAUAAAUUAUAUAAAUAUAUAUAAUAUUUAUGCUUUCUAAUACUUUCCAUCCAUUCUCCUCCAUGGGAGACAUUACGGUUAAGUGUUUUUGCUCGUCUCUUCAACUCUUCGUCCAUUGUGUUUGUGAAACAGUAACGUGUUUUUUCAGCACUAGCAGUACUGGGAUCCAUCCAUGAUAGUACCAAAGCAGCACAUCUCUGAACCACACACUCGUACACCUCCUGGCACAUUGACACUGAGAGGUGCUGUUUUUCGUUUUGUUUGUUUUUGUUUUUGGUGUCAGUAGCAUGUGGAUAAAUCGUUAGUGAAAUAGAUAUAUUUAUGUUGGGCAAUAGGCAGUUUACAUGUUGCCUGGUUGCUGCACAGAUGCACUAACGUACAGUAGAAGAGAUGCUUUGUCAUGUUGUGCAGCAGCACUCCCUCUUACAGUGCCCUCUAGUGGGUCCUUACACUCAUUACAGGUGAACAUUUCACAUGACUACCUGCUCAGUAGAGGGAUUGCUACUGUUUUUCACUGAGGCUGAAGUCCCUUCUCCUCAUUUACACCAGCAUGCACAUCUCAUUGUCUAAACCCACAUAUAAACACAUCUCCCCACAGUUUCCAGGACUCAGAAAAAGAGGCCUGCUUUUUUGGAGCAGCUUAGCAUGCAUGCUCGAGAGGACGUUGACUAUCUUGAAAUGUGGCAGAUGGAUGUUGGGAUGAGGGUUUGGCGUAGAUGACUGCUGCCCCGUGGCCUUCCUCUCAACAGAUUUAGCUCUGAAGUAGAAUUCUUAGCUUGAGAAUGUAGAAGAGAAUAUGCACACCAGUACAUGUAGCACACUGUCCUCAUCAAACAUUUGUCAUGGGCACGAACUUCAAACACGGAGAAAUGAGGCAGAAAUUGUGUUGAGAUGGAGAUAUGUAUGGGGCUUCUUGUGAUGUUUUUAAAAGUAUUUUCUUAGCCAGAUUUUGUAGGGAUAGUUGUCUUUGACACUAGAUUUUGAAUGUAUGUUGGGCCUCCAGUGAGAGGGGGUUUGUACCAUAGGAGUGACCAACUCCUCCUCAACAGAUACAUUAAUCUGUGGAGCUCCUUUGUCACUCUGUUUCACUUUGGUGCCACGUGUAAUCUCACAAAUGUGUUUUGUUUGAUUUAUCUAGCCUGUUCAGUGUGUGUUUAUUGUACAUAUGUGUGUUUGUAUAGCUAUGACUAUCUUGGGGAUGUUCUUAAAUAAGCUAGUACUUAUACUGGGAGGUGUGUUGUUGGUGCAAUACCUAUCAGCAAACCGUUAAAUUGUAAUUUCCUCAUGAAAUUCAGGUGAGAGGUUGAUAUUUAUAGGGAAAUUGAAAGAAACUUUCUUUAUAGAUACAAUAAGAACAGACUUGAGAGACAAAUGUGAUUCAUUCAGUUGAGUGUAUGUAGCCUGUCAGUGAAGAUAAGCAGGCAAACACAUCCCGCUCCUAGGCAGGAAUUGUGUUUUUUGUGUUUAUUUAUUUUAAAUUUUUUUGUAAUACUUGCUAACCAGUUGUCAGCAAUUAAUCUUUUGAUUGAGAGUGUGACCCUUAUGGCCCCUGACUUGGUAAAGUAGGAGAAAGUCAUACCCAAACUACAUAUCACGUUUCCCUUAAAAUGAAGAAUGCAUUCUGCUUCACAGUGUUUCAUGCAUGAAGUCAAAGACCGUGUCCUCCUUUCAUAUGAAGCACUGACAGUCCGUUUUAUCUUCCUGGUAGUUGUUCCUUUCCUGCUAGAGAACAACCAUGGAGUAGAAUCUGAUCGUCUUCUUGUAAAGGCAUCCUAAGGUGUUUGGGGCAGACGCUACUGGUAUCAGUCAUUGUUGUUGGCAUGCGUUUGUCAGGAUUAUCCAGUCAUUAUACUGAGAGGCCUUUUUAAUGAAGUUGUAACCUCUGUUUAGGCUGGGCGUGGCACAAAAUGCCUCUCCAGAGCCUUUUUCUUUUUGCCUUGCAACAUGAAUCCAUCUUCUGUCUCUCAACUGCAGUUCAGCUCUUAAGUUGACCUGUUAAAUUCGGAGUGCACAUACUUUAUAGUGGUCAUAUGCUUGAAAUGUUGAUUUCAGUGGUGGGCUUUUAAGUCUUAUAUGACGUGUUUGGGAUAAGUGACUUAAAAUGUUUGUUAAUGCACUGCUUUACUUUUUUGUAUUGUAACCGAUUUUAUUGCUUCUGCGUUUUACCUCGGUUUUCUGUUUGUUAACACUCGACAAAGUGAGAGAGAGCUAAUUUGCCAUGCUGUCCUUCAUUCUUACUAAGUAUGAAAAUUAGAUUUUAAAAGCAUGAGGAGUUGUUUCAAGCAAAUUUUGUGAGUUUUGAUGAUGACUAUUAUCUGAUGGCAAGCUGUUUGCUGGGAAAGACAUACAGUGCAAAUAUAUUUUAUAGACUACAGUACACACUUGAGGUUUUUAACAUUCAUAUGAUUUGGUUGGCAUAUUCUAACCUUUUUAACUAUGAUAACUUAAACUGUCAACUUUUUUUUUGCACACAUGUAGCCUUGUGCCGUGAACUCGGGCACAGAGUCUUGGCUCUGCAUUACUUGUGCGUGGGAAGGAUGGAUGCCUUUUUGGUACAUUUUUUUUUUUUUUUUUUUAAGUUAUCUUUUUCCAAAGUGCAAUAUUUGGAUAUGUGUUGUUCACAGCAAACAUUCUACUCAGUCUGUCAUACUCUAGUAUCCAAAUGUUGUCUGUGGGUUUAGUUUCAGUAAAAUGUAGCCACCCAAGUAACAUUUGCUUUUUUUGCACUUCUUUAACCCCUGCUGCCAGAACAGAAAGAAUCACAUCAAGUAUAGUACAGAGUGUCUCACGUAUAGAGGAGGAAAAACCAUUUUGGCUCUGUGGAAAACAGGUUGUAAAGGAAACUGACAUUGGCAUUGAAACAGAAGACGGUUGUGUUGUUUUUCCUGGUGGUGGUAUACUUGCACUAUUUCUGGGAAAUUUUAUAACCUUUCUGUAUAUUAUGCAAUCUUUGUAAGAUUAUCUGUGCACUGAUUUUAUUUUUGAAAGACUGUGUGGUUUAGCAGUGUGCUGUAUUUUGCUCCUAUAUCGCCCUCAUGUCUAAAUGAACACUGGUCAUUAAUGAACUGUGGUCCCUAAACCACCUUCUCAUGAAUAAAUGUGAAUCAAAAUGA